AUUUACAUUUAUCAUUGUGUUUAGCGAAAUAAUCAACAAAGGGUUAAGUUUCUUUAUAUUUUCCAGAUAAGGGGAGGUACUUCUGGUAAGCUGUCUCUUCUUCCUGAUUUCAGAACAAUAACAACUGCGCAACAGCCAUACAAUCGGCCAGACUUUGUCAGGCAGAGUAUUCGUUCAGGUUGUUCUUCUCCUCUAACAGACACAAACAUUCUACAGGAGCAGGCAAGAUGUCUGUGACCAUGACCAAGGCCGAUGGGAUCACAGUGUUCACUGUGACCUCUGACCCCCAAAGUGUUUAUCCUCCUCUGUGUCAAAUCCUCAAAAGCCUUUGCUACAGCCCUGUGUGCUGCUCUGUGUCUCAGCACCUGAGAAGGGUCCAGAGGACUUCUCAGUCAGUACUGGGGGCUCUGCACAUUAUGGUUGGGUUGCUCAACAUCUGCCUUGGAACGAUACUCAUUUGCAGUCUAAGUGGCUAUGUAAUGGAUUCAACCGGAUUUCCUUUUUGGCUUGGAGGAUUGUUUAUUUUGUUUGGCUCCAUUGGCAUUUUGUCUGAGAAGUACCCCAGUCCAUGUCUGGUCAUCAUCAAUGUGAUCCUGAAUCUAGCAGGAGUUGCUUUUGCCAUUACAGGCAUCGUACUCUACAGCAUAAAUAUGGAGAGCAUUUACAUGUGGUGGAUGUGUGACGACGAUAAUUACUAUUCAGGCUACAGCAGACAGACUACAACUCCUACUCCUGGGAAGGACAUCAUGAGGGAGAAAUGCUUGGAGGGCAAAGAACUGGCUCUGAUGCUUUUGAGAAGCAUGAAUGUUGUGCUGAUUGUCCUGUCAGCCCUGGAGCUCUGCCUCACCAUCAGCUCUGCCGUCAUGGCGAUCAAGGCUCUAAAGAGCAGUGGGAAGGGAGAAAAGGAGAAGACUGGUGACCCAGAACUCUACAAACCACUGCUGGAGGAAGUCACCUGUAACCCCACAGUCUGAAUGAAAAUAUCUGCUUUGUGCUCUGAGUUACCGAGUAUAAUCCUGUGCAUUUAUACCACUGACUGUAUAUCUAUGUAAUGUCAGUUAUUUAGUCAAAUUGAGGUGGUAUGCUUAAAAAUACUUGCACUUAUAUUUUCAUGAUGAGUAUGAUUUUUCUAUCGAAUAAUGUGCCUUACGGUCAGCUUGUGUAGGUAAAAGGGAGGUUCAUGAAUGUGAGUAUGUGACAUUGAUGGACAGAUACGUUUUUUGUUUGCUAUUUUACAAUAUUAAGUCAUGUUAAAAAAAAAAAAAAAUCAAAACUGUUCAAACGUGUUGUUUGUGCUUCUGCUGUGUACUUUAUAAUAAACCUUAAAGCCUGACACGAAAAUGAAUCGGUUUAAUAACUAGUUGUGCUCUUUGUGUACAAAUAAUAAUCCGUAAUUAUUAAAGUGCUCAUAUUAUG